UUGGAGAUCCGGGGGGCCCUGCAAGAUGAAGAGGGUCCGCACUGUCUUCAAACCAGAGCAGCUGGAGCGGCUGGAGCAAGAGUUCCUCAAGCAGCAAUACAUGGUGGGCACCGAGCGAGUAGACCUGGCUGCAACUCUGCAUCUCACAGAGACUCAGGUGAAAGUCUGGUUCCAGAACCGGAGGAUCAAAUGGAGGAAGCAGAGCAUGGAGCAGAAGGCGGCAAAGCUGUCACAGUUUGGGGUGAUACGGCCUGCCACCGCGGACUCGACAGACAUCAAGGACCACGAGGAGGACACCGUGGAUGUUGAGCUUUGA